CUUAGGAGCCAUUUGUAGGCAUUGCUGCCAAACUCGGCUUGGGGUUGCUCAUGAGCUCACUGCAGCCAAUGCAAUUUACAAAUCUGAUUCUUUUAACACAGCGGCAGUAUGUGGUAAGUCAGUUAUUCAUUCAUUUUCUCUCAUUGCCUCGCUGGGAUUUUUUAUUUCUCAUUGCCCUUUUUCACAUGACAGAACUCUGUUGCCGGCACAAUUGCGCACACAAAAGCAGGAGAGUAAACGGUGUAAAGAUAAAAGAGUUGUUUACAGCUUAUUGAGAAUACUGUGACAUGAUGAAGCAACAGGGAUUUUUGACACACGGGGAUUUUUGCAGUAUUUUUUGUGUUUGAUUCUUGGCUGAUCUAAAAAAAAAAAAAAAGAAAAAAAACAUGCCCCAGGCUCGAAAUAGGAAUCCCAGCCCCAUCCCAGAGGUAACAUGGGACACGGGAUUGAAGGAGAUGAACGAGACCUGGAAAGGAGCUAUAGCUUGUCUGGGGGUGGCUGUCUUCUUUGUAAUGACAAUCGGGAUCAUAUACUGGCAAGUGGUGGACCAGCCGAACAAAAACUGGAUCCUCAGGGGGAGUUUCAGCGGACUGAUCUGGGAGAGAAGGACCCACUCGCUGCUCAUCCAGACCCUGACGGAGGACAGGACCUACGUGGAGAUAGACGUGGGGAACGUGGGGAACCCCGACAUCGAGGUCCCCUUCGUGAGGAACCUGUGCUGGCUCAAUAAAACGGAGUUCUGCUACACGUGGGACUCGGUGGCCGAGGUGAAGAUCUCGCUGGAGGAGAAUGAGGAGACGCAGACGGAGUGCUACAGUAUGACCUGGGCGCCGGUGCACUGUCAGGUGGAGCUGAAGGACUGCUUCUCCAUGGCCAACGUUUCCUGGUAUGGUGGCGCCAGUGUCCGGGGUCAGACCUGGCCGAUUAACGAUCAAAAUGCCACAAUGCAACCCUUUGUUGUCAGUGAUCUAAAGGACUCUCCUUUAGGGUACGGCUCUGCCCUGGAACGCUACUUCCUGGGCUCCUCAGGUGUUGCAGUGCUCGUGUCGCCUGAUAUUCCCGUGCAGCUGGAGGUGGACAGCAGACAGCAGUUCUGCCUGCAGUCACUGCCCAGUAUGGAGCGUCUCCCUCUGCAGUACACCGUGUGUGUGGCUCACAACAUCAGAGCCGCUCACCAAGAAGCAGUGCAACGGCUCUCGGGCCACAGCAGACAGCGGCCCAAUUUCAAAAUGCUGUGGCUGCCGUUCUGGAAGCUGCACGCUAACUCGGACUCGGGGCCGAAGGUGGAGAGGGAACUGAGAACCUUCUCUAAUCGUCUUAGGAGACACCAGCUGGGGGAGGGAGUCAUCAGCCUCAAUGAACAUUCCACCACCCUCCUCUCUGACAUGGACCAUGACUACCUCAACAGCAGGAAAAGGGGGAUGUCCAAGAGACUGACCAGGGACCUCCCGCUUGUCAAGCUUCUUAACAUUUCCAUCACCCUGUCCCCUUUCCUGGGCGUGGACACCACGCAGUUCCACUCCUCUCUCCGUGAUGGCACCGAGGCCUACUGGCUCAGUCUACCCUCAGCCCCGCAGGGACAGCUGAUACCUGUGAUGAGUCAGUGGCGAGGAAAGUUCUGUGUGAAGCUGAACCUCACAAACCCGGGAGCAGUGAGCUGGUUCCUGGACAGGGUGGGAUACCUGAGGGCCCAUUUAGGAAUGGAGUACAUCACGUUGGAAGGGGGGGAGAGAAAUCUGUUCGAGGAGCAGGCCCUGCGACCACCACAGGCUCUAGAAGGAGACAAGUACAUCGAACUUCUCGCUGACCUGGCCACCAGGAUAGGAGACUCCACCAUCAUGACAGCAGGAACGCGGUCAAGUGACAAGCCUGUAUUUGUAAGGAUGACAGCCUUGCAGUCUGAUUGGAGCUCCAUGGGGCUGAGGGCAAUCAUUCCCUCCCUGCUGCACCACACCCUGCUGGGAUACAACUUCCUAAUUCCUGAUGCAGUAGGAGGCUCCCUCUCUGGAGACAUGGUUACAGAUGAGGAAUUGUUCAUCCGCUGGCUGGAGAUCGCAGCCUUUCUCCCAGUUAUCACCUUCCAUACGCCACCCUGGGUAUGCGGAGAGGACCAGGUGCUAAACCUAACUCGGAUCUACAUAGCAAAGCACCAGAGGGAUGUGAUACCGCUGAUAGAGAAGUAUGCAGACGAGUGGCAGAUGACAGGAAACCCCAUCUACCGGCCGAUAUGGUGGCUCAGUCCCAACGACCCCAUGACUUUCACCAUCGAUGAUCAGUUUCUCAUCGGAGAUGAGGUCCUGGUGGCACCAGUGCUGGAGAAGGGGGCAGUGCAGAGGGAUAUUUAUCUACCUGACGGGGGAUUUCAGUGGGAAGACAGCCAGAACGCAAAAGUGUUUGAUGGGGGGACGUUUCUGCAGGACUACCCGGUUCCUUUGGAGGAGGUGGCUGUUUUCUUACGGAGAAGCUGAGUCUGAUCCACUGAGUCACCUGACUUAUCCUGUUACUGUUUUGAAUCAAAUUACUUUUUUUUAAAGAAAAAAAAACUUUGCGGUGUUCUCAACUUGCACUUUUCCACUAAAGACCUCUGAUUUCAUCUCAAGCUCUGACUUGAGAUAUGUAGAACGAUUUUUUUUAAUACUUGCACUUUACAGUUAAAAAUUGUUUUUUUUUUCUCUUCUUCCUUUUUUAAAAAAAUGUUAAUCGGAUUUACCUCUUGGCUGAUUGUUUCUGGACUUGUUUUUUGUAUAGUUCUGCAGAAACGUGUGUGUUUACAUACUGCCUUUCUACAGUCUUUACAUUUUUAGUUACCGCUGGCUCUCUUCAAAAGGAGGAUCAAAGCAAGCCCUAUUGUUGGCUUUAAUGAAAUCUGAAUAUCUCAAGAAGACCAAAUGAUCAAAUGAAAAAAAAAAAAAAAAAAAAAAGAACUAAGGAAGACGUUUGAAAGGGCUUUUUUGAGGGAAAUGCUUACUGGGCGGAGAUUAGGUCACAGAAAACUACAAAACAAGGACGGACGCACCAUGGUACAAUAUGUCUUGCUCACUCAUUGGAAAGGCUUUUACUUGAACUUAUCAGGCCGAUGGGCUGAUAUUUUAUGAAUGUACAUCAAAUGAUGGAUGUUAACUGUUUCAAAAAGUCAUGUCACACAACACUAUACGAUCCCUUAACACGUAUUCUUUGAAUAGUUUCUUUUAGAUUACCAACACUCUGUUGGACAUGUCUGAAUGUCCCUUAGUACUGUAUACCAGACGAACUUGAGGCCAAGCCACUAUUGUUGCUACUUAGGAUAUAUUUCAAUUUUGAUCAGACUUUACUUUCUUAUUAACCUGCUGUAGCAGGGACUUCUAAAUGUGUGGUUCUUUUUUUAAACUUGACUAAUGUCGUGCUGAGGUGCUCUUUCAUUAGAGCCACGUGAAGGUCUAAAGAAAGCCUCGCAGAUUUGCUGAUGACACCACACAGCUUGAAAGGAUAUUUCACAAAAAUUGCUUAACAUUUGAGAAAGUAUGUUUGUUCAGUAACUUUUUUUUACUGAAAACCUCACAUCAUUAAUGAAGUGAAUGAUAGGUAGCUAACAUAUUGAUAUUAUUUCAGGCGUCUAAACAAGAACUCACUCUGGUUUGUGUUUGAAUUAUCAUUAUUGACAUGAGUGACUUUUAAUGGUACUUUAAGUGACGCAGACUGAUAAGAUAUGAAACUGCAUCCCAAUAGCCUCUUUAACAGUAAAAUCAGUUUCAUGACAUUGUGAUUCAAUAGAAAGGCCAAGAUUACUAAGCAGAAACAACAUGAAUAAUAUAAUCAAGAGACUAAAAUGAACAUCACCAAAGGCUCAAGAGUUACACACGAUGCAUGUGCAUGCAUGCAUGCCCAUUUCCUCACCGUGUAAUGAUCUUGGUGAAUAAUGCACUAUAAAUAGCUAAUGAAUUUAUCUGUUGGUCUUCAGCCAGCACUCUGCUUAGGUCUAAAUGAAAGUAAAUAUUCAACAAAUUUAGUGUGAGAAGUAAGAAACAUGGUUCGUUUGGUUUAUAAAAAUAAAAAUAAAAAAAAAGACUUAAGCCCGUGUUAAACCUUACCUGUAACCGAUUCAACCAAAUAUACAGGACGGGAGACAUUUAGUGGGUGAUGUGAUAUUUUUUUAAGACAUAGUAUUGGUUGGCCAUUGGCAAUAAUGACUGCAUCACCAGAGCAAAUGGGCAUCUCCUAAACCCAUUAAAACAAUGAGUUUACAUAAAUGGAGUGUGGAGCUGGUUCUGUGGCUGAACUGGGUCAGUGUGCCAGGGCCAGGACAGUUCUCAGUCGGAUGAAAGGCAGCAGGGGGUUCAGUAACCCCCGACAUGAACCAUGGACACCCAACUCAUUCUUCUGACCGUUAACACUCGUUUGUUUUUGAAAGUGACUUAAUGCUCUCAUAUACUCUAAUCAGAUGUAUUCUGAGAAGGAACGCAGCCUUUACACCACGAUGCAAUCUACAUGUUUAUGUUAUUGACGAUGCUUAAUGUCAGUGCUUUUCAUUAUUUAUUUAUUCUUCAUAAGACAGUCUAAACCAACCAGAAGUAAAGAUGAGGAACUCUCCUUUGUUCUUGAACACAACUGCCAGAUAAACUGAUCUCGUACGUUUACUUAGUCAACUCAGACACUCAGGUCUAAUAAGGUUUAUCAGAUCACCAAAUGUCUUAGUGCAACGCAGUAUGUUGUGAACACGCUGACGUCUUAAUUUCUCAUAGAGCAGAAUGUACAAAGGACAAACUGUGACUCCUUCCUUCAUGUAAGGAGCUUUUUCUGGUUCCCAUGAUAAUGCUUUUAUGGAAUUGCUGUGCCAUGUUCACAUAUAUGUUGCAGGAAAAGCUUGAUGUGUUAUUCCUUCCUUCUGUCGACUGAGAUAAACACAUGCCUUAUUGAUAUGCCACUCUUAAAUCUGAACAAAGAGGAGUGUCUGGAUUAUUGCAGUAUCAGCAAUGAAAAUAUUACAAUGACUGUGCCAUUACAAGUGUUUUUAUCUUCUGUAAAUCAGAGAACGUAGAAUAACAAAGUUGCAAUAAAGUUUACAUUUUCUUACUUAACUUCUUCAAGUCAUUAAGUUCAUGCUCACUUCAUGACACGAAGGGGCAGCGAGGCAGGCACGAGACUUCGUGACAACACUCACUCGUAAGUGAAUCCCUCAAGAAUAUCGUCAGAAAAAAAUACAAAUGAUCUUAUCUAAAUCAGAGUACAGUACGCGCUGCUCUUCAGAUCAUCUUGGAAAUCUCCUGCUUUCAUCAUUCCUUUGUGACAUUUAGCCCCUGCAAGGCGCUCCGAGGGCUUGCCUAACCAUCAGUGCCCUGCAGGGGUUAAAGACUCCAGUAGCAGAGCCAGCAUCACAGCAUGAUAAAACCUCCACCGUGUUUAAGACAGGACGUUCUUUUCUUUGCAUUCCUUCACAAAAAGCUCGGUUUUGGUUCAUCUUACCACACAGAGCAUCACAUGUGAAAGACUUGGGUUUACUCUAAGAACUUUUUCUGUCAAUAGUGUCCUCAUUGCUGUUUGUCUCUGACUUUAUUUUGGUUUACUGUGUGGCUCAUGGAACGAUCUGAAACAAUCUCUCCAGAUCACUCCGGAUCCGCCUGAAGCUCUGCCAAUGUCUUACGCGAUGGGUGGGUUUGUCUGCUCAUGUGAAUGUGGAAAAAUAAAGCAUGAGUGUAUUAAUCAUUUUAUUAUCAUUAUAAUUAUGGAACUGAUAUCAAAUCAUCCACGGGGAGCUUUUAACUGUGUUCACAGAACUUGUUAUAUCCGUGUAUAUUUUCUUUUUUUUCUAUGUUAAAUUCAAAGAUGCUGAUAGUUGUAUGUAUAGGACUGUAAUGAAGGAGAUUAUCAUUGGGCUAUGUGUUUUUAUCCUUGAUAUUGCAAUUUUCUUCUGUACACAUGUUGGUUUUCAGUAUAAAAUAUGCAUCGAUGGUUCCUGCCUUGGCACCAGAGAAUUAUGGGAUAGACGACAUCAAACAAAAACAUGCACAAUAUUUUCAGAAUGUAAAGUAAAUGUUUUUUACUUGUGAUGUCUGUUUCCGCUUGUUUAUGCGUGCUCAUUUGCAAAAGUCAGUGUCUGCAAGUCUCUUGAUAAUUACCGCUCCGCCCUCUUUCUUCUCCCCUUGCCAGAAAGUCUACGUCUUUAUAUCGGCGAGUAUGCAGACGACUGCUCUAAUAACACUUAAACCAACUGAAAGAUAUUUAUAGCUCUGGUGAACACAUGGUGCGACGGUUCUCGGGGGAACUGCAUUCAGGCCAGCCUUUGCUCAGCUUCUCUCCCUUACCUCCCUUUCCUGCUGCCACUUGGCUGAGCUCCACCUUGGGGCCCCGGUCGCUGCUUCUUUAGUGCAGUUAAACAGGUGCAACUGGCCACAGCCAUGCAGGGCCGCUCCACGCCAGCCGCCGAGCUCAGCCUCUCUGUUUACAGCCUCGCCUUAAUCACCCAGAUUCAU